GGCCUAUGGCUGUGCUGCCUGCCUGCUGAUCCGCUGCCAGGAAGACGUCCACACACCCAGUGGCACAGUGCCAAUUUAUUUCCUAUAUGAAGAGGACAGAAAUGCUUUGCAUUAAACCAGUGUUUUUAAACUAGUCCUUAUUUUUUAAUAGUGACACGAUUCUAUAAAGUAUGGCCAAUUUGACGAGGCUCGUUACUUAUGGCCCCGAGGCGUGGAAUAUGCUUCAGGGUGUGUUUUGUGUUUACAAGCCAGCUGAUAUGUCUAUUAAAUUUGUGAGGAAUGUUGUAGUAGGCAACCUGUGUCGGGACCUGAAUGUGUUAGAACCACGACCACCAAGACCACUUGUGGCUAUUGAAGGUAGCGUUGGGGAUAAACUUUUGGUCACACAGAAGGAGAACUUUGCAGACCAUCCGCUGGUGCUGGGUUCCAGAUAUCAACCAAAGGACCUAAAGUUGUCUUGGGCUCUUCAUCUUGAUAAAAAUAUUUCAGGAGUGUGCGUGCUCGGAGUCAACUCAGGCAGCAAAGGAACACACAGAGUGAGAGAAGGAAGGUUAAUUCGCACUUACACCAUCUCUGGCCAGUUUGGUCGGGCCACAGAUACUCAUUUUUAUGAUGGCAAGGUGGUAGAGAGAGCCAGAUGUGGCCAUGUGACACGUGGCAAGUUGUUGAGGGCCAUCAUGACCAUUCAGGCGGCUCAUCAACGCAAGGCAAUCGACUAUUUAGGUCUGGAUCCACACUCACAGGAGGCGUACGAGGCUCUGUCUUCGAACGGGCUAGUAAGGCCAGCCAUGACAUCAGCCCCUAUGAUAUAUGGCCUCAGUAUUGUGGAAUUUAAUCUCCCUUAUUUUACUCUUGAAGUGUUAUGCAUCAAUGAAACUGGUGAGUACCUUAAACUUGUGAUUCAUGACCUUGGGCUUAAACUCAAGACGACAGCAGUGUGUACUCAGAUGCGUUGUAUUCGUCAUGGACCGUGGACACUCAACCAUGCUCUGCUUCGUAAGCACUGGUCUUUGGAACAUAUUAUCAAUAACAUUGGUGUUUGUAAACCUAUGGUUAAAAAUAUUACACCUCAGACACCCAGUUUGAUCAAUAUUGAAACUGAACAUACUGACAAUUUGGAUAUUAAAACCAACAGUAGCAAUUGUUUUUAGUAUUUAUUAGAUAAGUAAAUUUGCUUUGUAUAGUUUAUAAAUAUAUAUGAUUUCAUUA